AUGGUGUACCUCAACCCAGGCGGAUUCGACUUCGGAUCGGAGAAUCUGGACGGCUAUGGCAUUUCCAACAUCGUCUUCAUCGUCAUAUACUCGCUCUUCUUCUACUCCGCAUGCUUCUUCACCUGGAUCUACCGCAAGCAUCCCGUUCUCCGAAUGCGCAACGUUCCCCUCAUGCUCUUGUCCCUGCUCACCAUGCAUGUCUUCACCUUUGCCGUCAUGAUCGUCUACACAAUGAACGGUGCCUUCCCGUGCCAGGUCGAGUACUGGUGCAUGUGCUUGUACUUGCCCAUCGGCAUCGGCUUGUACCAGGCCUACAACCAGCAAUUGCUCAUCGUUAGUCGUGGCCAGGCGGCGUUGAUCACAAAGGAUGAACUGUUCAAGCCGAUAUUUCCAAAGGGAAAGGGAUUUGGCGGUCCCAAGUAUUGGGCUUUUCGCUUCAAGGUUUGGUGGCAGAGUGUCAGCUCAAAGGGGAAAUACGAGGGGUUCGUGUUGAUUGGCAUCGUCAUCCAGUUCACCGUGUCUUUCAUCAUCUAUAACGUCUCUCGCAAAUUCAACCACUACGGCAUUGUCGACCAUCAUACAUCUCCGGGCUUAUGUCGGCGAGGGUGGGAAUGGGUUCCAACCGUAGUAUGGCAAUUUGCGUGGAAUUAUAUUUUCGGUCCGUAUCUGCUCUGGAAUAUUCGCAUGAUCAAAGACAUCUACCAUUGGCGGCUACAAACCACGCUUGCCAUAAUCGCUGGGUAUGCUGGUCUGGUCCUCAACGAAGAAAGGAGGCUGACCGCAAUAGGCUUCCUGGAGCUCCCAUCUGGCUGGCAGCUGCUCAUUCCCGGCCUCAUGACCAUCGAAAUCGUCACCCUCGGGUUCCCCAUCUACGCCAUCUACAAGAACAAAAAGGCCGCCCGCGAAGUCAACAACGCCCUCGCAGACUUUGACCAGAAGCGCCUCCAAUCCUUCGACGAGGGCACCACGCUCGGCGGCUCCGAACACUCCCUGAAAACCAAGGCUUCCUCAAGAGGCUCCAGCAAGAAAGGGAAAAUGUACCCCAUGGAAUCCCUCGACGCCUGCCUGGCCGGCAACCACGACGGGCUCCAGGUCUACGCCUCCUGCAUGGAGCUCAACGGCGAGAACAUCAUCUUCCUCACCAAAGUCAUCGCCUUCACCCAGCAGUGCCAGCGCGCCUUCGCUGACGCCUGCCGCUCCACCGCCGAGUUCCGCCGAGCCCGCACCGCCAUGUUCCGCGCCGGCCUCAGCAUCUUCGUCUCCCUCGUCCACACCGGCACCGCCUCCUACCCCAUCAACAUCGAAUCCCACAUCUACGCCCGCCUCGACGCCGUCUUCGGCCCCGCCACCGCCCUCGUCGCCUCGGCCAAACAGUCCCGGUCGCCCAGCAUCGCGUCCCCCAACUCCAAGGUCACCCCCUGGGACGACCCCGCCGACACCUCCUCCGCCGCCAGCACCACCGCCGACCACGACGACGGCCCCACCAACAAGAACAACAACAACAACAACAACAACAACAGCAACAACAACAACGACAGCAACAGCAACAGCGCCGCCACCGGUGGCUACUUCGACACCGUCGCCGAUAACGACGCCAUCGCCGAAAACUCCUACCCCAUGCGCCCCAUGGGCAAAGGCUCGCGCAACGAGAGCAGGGAGCACAUCGUGCACGUGCGCGAAAACGAAGUCGGCGGCAAUCCACGCGGCGGCGACGGCGACCCGCUCGAGGGCGUCGCCGUGCCGGGCGAGUUCGACGAGCGCGUCUUCGACGCCGCCUUCAAGAGCGUGCGGUUCAUGGUCUGGACGGAGACGUGGCAGCGCUACAUGCACUGGAAGCGGAGGGAGGGCAGCGUGGUGGGGGAUUAG